AUGAAAAAAACCCAUACAAUGGCUAACACCUUCUCAUAUGUCCUCUCAUCCCUUGUACUAGCUUUUAUUCUAUUUGUUGCAUCUUCCGAUGCAACCAACAAAAUAGUGGAUAUCAGUGAGAUUUGCAAAACAACUGUAACUCCUUCAUUUUGUUCAGCCCUUUUAAACUCCAGCCCAGGUGGAAAAGACCUUGUUAGUCUUACCCAAUAUAUAAUUGACGUGGAUCGUGCCAAUGUGACCAACACAAUCACUCUACUCAAAUCUUUGAUCCAAAAAAGUAAAGAUCCAAAGCUAGCAGCCCAUUACAAAGAUUGCUUGGACAUUUAUGGGGAAGAAGGUGCUCUUGGCGAUGUUGAUGACACUCAACGGUCUUUCAAUAUGAAAGAUUAUCUUGGUGUGAACAUCCACGCAAGUGCUCUCUUUGAUCGAGGUGAAGAUUGUAUUUCAGGGGAGUUUCCGGGACAACCCGGUGUUCAUGAUCCCUCAUUACUUCCAAAAUAUGCUUUUGUUGUUAAGCAGGUUACUUCAAUUAUUCUUGUCUUAUCAAAUGACUUGAGAGGUGCUUGAUCAAUUGCUGUAUAUUAAUAUUUGGAUGAAGUUGCAAUAAAAUGAGUUAGCUACAUU